UGAGUAGCCGCAGCGAUUCCCCUCAGUCUCUUUCAAUCAUCAAGCGAUUGAGAAUGUCGCGAUGUCUGCCUUGUUGCUCAAUUUAAUAUAUUUAUGCUGAAAAGAAAGAAACGCCAUAGGCCUAGAAGAUCAGCCAAUUUGAGGUGGUAUCCAGAGUGUUGAAAGUCAGCAGCAAUAGAGGCCCACAGUACUAAGGAGCAAUUUGUAAACAUCACUAGAUGGAGACGAUUAAAGAGGAAGAGAAUGUUAAACAAAAGGAAACUGGGAGCAGAAAAAGUUUUCGGUGUGAACAAUGUGAUAAAGUCUUCAAAAAACAGUACCUCUUAAAACGCCACUCUGUUGUACACACAGGAGAGAGGAAAUUUGUUUGUUCAAUUUGUGAUAAGACAUUCAAACUGCGAAGUACACUUGACCACCACUAUGCCGUUCACUCUAAGGAAAAGCUGUUUGCCUGCAGCCUCUGUCCGCAACAGUUCUCACGAAUGUCUACAUUGCGGACACAUAUGGCAAUACAUGCCAAGAUGAAGAAUUUCCAGUGCGACAUUUGCGGCAAAGAUUUUGUACAGAAAGGAAACCUUACAAGUCAUAUGAAUACUCAUUCAAACAAACGGCCAUUUAAAUGUACAAUAUGUGGAUGGGGUUACAAUCAAGGUUCUAAUUUAAAGAAGCAUAUUAUUACUACUCACACUAAAAAGGAAGGUUGUGCACAGAGUAUGAAAUCACCCAAUAAAAACAACCCUGCUAAAAUGCAAAAAGUAAAAGUGCAGGAAUCAUUGGAAUCCAGCAGUGACACUCAUGAAAAUGGGCUUUAUAGACUGAUUUUACCAAAUGAUCUUGAAUCCAUUACUGCUGGGUGCAGCCAAUCAUUGGAGAACAGUCACCAAACUGGAGAACCUGAAGUCGGUCCUCAGAUUCCUGACCAGAAUUCAUUGCCAUCACAGAGAAUGCUAUCAAUGCAAAAUUAUGAAAGAGUACUUGAUAUUGACAAGGAACCCCAGUCAAGUUCUCUUCGGCUUUUACAAUCAAAUAUCACGCCAGGUGUACUGAUUCUUGUUGAUGACAAAACUGGAGAGAUUUCACUACCAGUAAUGCAAGAAUCACCUGACAACCAAGUCCUUCGGUUGUUGAUUGACACCUGUGAUGUGGAUUCAAUGUCAGAAGCACGUCAGCAGAUGAGCAGUGAUUUUGCAUCUACAUCUGGAAUAUCUAGUCUUUGUAUGGAAGACAUUUUGUCAGAAAGGUUUGAUCAGAGACCUAUUCAAAAUGAACUCUCAAUAAUGUUUGGCAGGGAUGAAGGUUUAGAGCACAGUGUUUUAGAGCAAGAAAGCUUAGAGGACACUAUGAACUAUAUUACAGACAGCAGUAUGGAUUUGUGUAUUGAAUAACUGAUUUUAUUUAAAUACAGUAAAGUAAAUUUAUUAUGGGUUGGUAUACAUUUGUGAUUAAAAAAUAUUGCAGCUACGGUAUAUGAACAU